AUGAGUAUAUUAAUGGGAUACGACUACUUUGACAAAUCCGAAGACUUGAAGAAAAAAGUAACGGAGAUCGAAAAAAAACAGCAAGAUAAUACGGCCGAGAUUCAAAAGAACAAGACCGAAUUGAUCGAUCUAAGUGAAGUUGGAAGAAAUCCACCCGUUCAGAUCGAUCUUGUACAAAAGGCCGGAUUUCCGCCUGGAUUUCUUGAAAGUGCAGUCAUUUCCGAAACUAACCGAAACGAUGCAAAAUUCAUCAUCUUUAAAGUAAGUGGAUUUGAAAUUAAUCAGGAAACUCAAUCUCCAGCGUACGGAUUUCGUACGGGAAAUACUGGAAACGUCGUCAUGUUUUGUGAAACGCAACGCAGCACGAUCGUUCGUACGAUGUUCACGUUCUUUUACAUGGCAAAUAAAAUUACAGUUUACGGAUUAAAAUUUAGAGAUCUUGGUGCAAGUGGAAAAGCGACCGUUCGAAAAGGUGCAACGACUCUUAAAUGUUUGCUGGUGACUUAG